AAUCGCAAUCGUAAUCGGAAACGGUUAUGGCGCGAUAAAGCGUGAUAAGAUACGAUAUGUAAGGCGCCGGACAGCAGCACAACACACGCACCUGAACCUAAAGAGGAACCUCUCGCCAGUUGCUGUAGAACGUGCAAAGCGUUUGGACCCCGCCAUAGACAUCCGACAUUCCGGAGAAAGCAGAGCGCUUAUCAGCGGACGGACGGACGGACGGACCUUUCAUUAUGGAGCGCUCGAGCACACAAUUCGAUAAAUAUACGAAAAUAUGGAGUGGACCGAGGCCGCAAAGCUUUUUCGAUGCAGAUUGCUCGAUUGGUAAAAUACUGUUUGCAUUUAUGCGAAAUCAUCCAUCGAAUUUGUGUCAGAUCUCCGAUACAGAGGGCACUGCCUUGACCAACGGAGAGGCCAUCUCCUUUGGCAUUCGGAUUGCCCAGCAGCUGAAAGCCUUGGGCCUCAAGCAGGACGAUGUGGUGGGUGUGGCAGGCACAAAUACCACAUAUCUAAUGCCAGUGGUGCUGGGUUGCCUUCUGAACGGCACACCCUUCCAUGCCGUGAGUCCUUGGCAUGACGAGGACACCCUCAAGCACUUGUUCUCCAUCACGCGGCCUAGGAUCAUCUUUUGUGAUGGUCUCGUGUAUCCUCGCAUCAGCAUCAUUUCCAGGAUGUUCAAGAGUCAUGUGUACACCCUCAAGGAUCAUCGUUUGGGCAUCCCUAGGGUGGAGGAUCUGCUGGAACCCACCAAGGCAGAGCUUUAUUAUGUUCCCGAACCGCUGCUCUUGGGUGGCGAUCAAACGGUGGCCAUUCUGUGCACUUCGGGCACGACAGGACUCCCCAAGGCAGUGACCAUAACCAAUGCAGCUUGUCUAUUUGAUUUUGGCUUUGUCACGGGCCAGGAUGUUCUGUUAUCCUUCAGCACCAUCGACUGGUCCGCUGGCAUGUUUCAGAUGCUCUUCAGCGCCUGUCAUGGCUCCACGCGCAUAAUCACAGAUCGCGCCUACACCCCCGAAUAUCUCCUGCAGUUGGUGGAAAAGUACAAGGUCACGCUCCUCACAUUGGUGCCACAGCAGGUGGCGUCUCUCAUUAAGGCUCCAACGUUGAGCAAACAGCGACUCGCGACCAUUCGUUUCAUCAGCAUUGGCGGUGGCAAUUGCUAUGUGGCGAAUGUCCUUAAGAUGCAGGAAUAUCUCCUCAAUGGACAGAUAUCCUAUGGCUAUGCUCUCACGGAAACCGGGGGCGUUUCAGCCAAUAUGGGCGUGGCAAAGCCAUCAUCUGUGGGCAGAAUUGUGCCAGGGGUGAGGGUGAAAAUACUGGACGACGCUGGCCGCAGUUUGGGGCAUGGCGAGACGGGUGAGAUCCUCCUGCACAAUGGCAAGCAAUGGAAUGGCUACUAUGGCAACCCCAACGAAUCGAAGCGGAUGCAGGACUAUCAGGGCUGGUUCCACACCGGUGACAUGGGCUACUUUGAUGAUGAGAACUACCUGCACAUCGUGGAGCGUAAGAACGAGAUGCUGCGCUUCCAUGGGGCCCAGUAUUGCCCCCACGAACUGGAGCAAGUUAUUGCCGAACUGCCGGAUGUGAUCGAAGCCUGUGUCUUCGGUCUGUGGAACGAUGUGGAUGGCGAUCCAGCGGCCGCUGCUGUCGUAAAGAUACCUGGCAGUCGCUUGAGCGAAAUGGACAUUGUACAGUAUGUGGCCAAGCGACUGGUCGUCACCCACAAGCAGCUUCACUGUGGCGUCUUUUUCCUCACGGAACUGCCAAAGACGGGCAGUGGCAAGGUCCUGCGGCAGCAGGCACGCGACCAGGCUCUCGGGAAAAAGUGGUCCGACUACGGCAAUGGCCACUAGAUCCAUUCAAAUAGUUUAAGAAUUCUGUUAGGCUUAAAAAAUGACUCACACAGUCAGUAUUUAAUUCCAUGCGCGGGCAAAAGAUACAACCAAAUAAAUU